AUCAUUAAUCCUUUAGAGAUGUUUUGUUUAGGUCCGGUGGAUGACAACCUCUUCGAAUGGGAAGCUGCAAUUAAAGGACCAAAAUAUAGCCCUUAUGGUGGAGGAAUUAUCCUUAGCAUGCAUUUUUCCCCACAGUUUCCAAUGAAGGCUGUAACUAUCCUAAUGACGUUUUGGGGAAUGCUCCUUACCCCAAGAUUGGAGCUUCCUGAUAAGGUGAACGAGAAUACUCUG